UGUGUGUGUGUGCUAGACUCGUGUUGUAACAGGUUAGACCUGCUCUAAAGCAAAUACCAAGUGCUUGCCUGUCUGCUGAGAAACAGCGGCAGCUAUGUAAAACAUCAGAGAGUCCUCUGCCCGACUGGCUCUGAACAGUGACUCACACCGGUUCUGAGCCACUGCAAAUGACCAGGUGAGGGGAAAGACAAGCCCCUCAGGCUAGUUCAAGAGCAGCCAUCCCUUUCAUCCGGUGUCCGGGUCCGUUUUUACAUGGAGCUGCGUUCGGUUGCUGCUUCGGAGAAGUGAAGGCGUGCUGUCGUGUGCAGCCAUUCUUUCUUUGUGGAAGAUGGGGCUGACAGAGAGGACUCUGUGCCUCGGGGCACUCAGGAUUACCAGCAACCUCGCCUGCUCCAAAGGCGCGGUGUGCAUCCAGUCUGUUAGCGGACAGACCAUCGUACUGCUCCUGUUCACCGACAUCUGUGUCACAGGCUUCCUCUUCCUCUGCUGGUUCACAGACCUACAACUGACAAACGGCCAGGAAGUGAUCUCGCUCCGCUUCCUUGCCUUUCUCAAUGAGACGUACAACGCUGUCACCUUCCUGAUCCUGGCUCUGAUUGCUGCAGAGACUCACUUCGCCAGCAGGCUCCAGCAGGUGGUGCCCGUGGGCAAGCACCAGCUCUCCGGCCGGCCAGCUCCUGCCAGGCGCCAGCUAACCUUGGUGAACGGGGUCUACACCCUGCUCUGCUGGAUCAUCGCCACUUCGUACGGGGCCCACUAUUACCCGGAUGCCAUCCGCCCUGCCCGCCGAUGCCUGGGAGAACACCCCUUCGACGGCCUCGGCUGCCUGCGGGGUUUCUACCUGCCAGAUCCCUUCCUCGCGCUCACGGGGCUCAUGGUCACGAGCAGCUACCUCCUCUGUCAGAGGAUGCAGGCGGAGAGUUCAGAGACGCUGCACCAGGUUCCCACACCAGCUCUGCCUUCAGAACCUCCGAUCUCAGGAGAGGCAUCAUGCCACCCUCUGAAGGUUGGCCACACCACACCAACACGCCGCUCUGAGCGAGGCUACCUUCUCCCUGGGCUGGUUGCCGCACUCAUGCUCUACCCGGAUCUACCGUACUUGGGACUGACCUCCUCCUUCAUCAGCUGCUUUGAACGCCUCAGCCUGCGCUUCUUUGCGCACGUCUGGAAACUCUCCCGACGCGGGCCAGAGCCCGUGCUGCAGCAGUCUGGUCUGUACGCACUGAUCCACGUUCUCCUCAACACUGGCAAGCCGUCGGAGCUCUCCCUCCACAGGAGGGAUGGGAGUGAGGUGGGAGGGUGUUCCAGCGUUUAGUGCAGAGAUCAAACACUGACGGGGUAGGGGAGGCGGGAGCACCUCUGCUCUGCCCAGACGAAUGGCCCUGACCUUCCAGUUGCUCACCAUUUCGAUGAACCGUCUUGCCCCUAGACUGACAGUUGUGCCCUGGGUCUGCUGCGGUGUUCCAAUCGCAAGCCGGAGGAACAGCCUCUCAAAGAUGUAGCGAGUCAGGUCAUUUCCCAAAACUCACGAGACUCAGGCAAGGUUCCUUCAAUUGGAAAAUAACUGCUGCACGUCCAUUAUUAAUAAAAAAGGGUGAGAGACAGAAAGCAGGAAAGUACAGGCCGGUUGGCUUAACAUCUGUCAGAGGGAAAAUGUUAGAAGAUGUUACUACUGGGCACCGGGAUAAUUUCAAGACCGAUAUGGUCUUGUCAAAGAGAAAUCAUGGUUGACUAAUUUGUUGGAGUCCUUUGAAGAAGGCUGUGGAGGUCAGGUCAUUGAAUAUAUUUAAGACUGAGGUA